AUGCAGACACUGCCGCCUGAGUCUUUGGUCCUCGUCUUCUACUCUGGUCAUGGUUUCUGCCCAGAGGGUCAGGGGAAUACCUUCAUAGUGCUCGAAGAUGCAGAGGGCCGGUCAGAAUGCUUUUCGCUGGAGCACCAGCUUGCCCGCGAGGUUGCUUCGCCAGAGCGGAGAAGACACUAUCUUACUGUUUGUUGUAUUUGCAUCGGCCCGCUCUUCGACUGGAAGCACUGCAUCUUUUCCGAAGAAGGGUCGAAGAGACCGCCAGAACGGCCACGGAUCGACUGGUGUGAUACAGAUCUUUUUCUCCUGUUUUAUGCGUGUCCCCUGCAUGCGGCACUUCUGGAUUGCCAAUUGGUUCGGACGGCAGUCGCCCACGUGCUGGGCUCUUGUCUGGACAGCUUUCAAUCUUUCUUGCUGAUGCUCAAGGACGAGAUACGACAUAUGUCACUGGGCUAUGUGGAGCCCGACUUCUUCAAUGGCGACUCCCUGAAUGCAAGAUCAAUCAGCAUGCAAAGAUCCUCUUCCCCAUCAUAUCUCCAGCCCAUCAUGACGGCAUCCGUGUUUGACAAGCUUAUCCAGGCACCUUUGCUUCGCAGGCAUCUGUCUAUUCUCGUUCGCAACGAGCUCAGCGAGGGUGUAGAAUAUCCGGCCAUUCGCCAGAGCCUGGUUGACACGGCAGCCAAACUGCAGAAUUCGGCGGAGGCCAGCAUGGAGAACCAGCUGCAAGCUUUGCAACAGAGCCGACUGGUUGAUGUUGCUCGAGUGUUCGAAUCUACCACGAGGACCUACCACUCGCCUUCGUAUACAGCUCACAGGGCACUUGAGACAGUUUCCUGCGAAUCGCUGGACUGCAUCAUCGCGGCUGUGAAAGAAGAGUUGGCAACUGAGGACCUGCUGCAAGUAUCCAGCUCCGUUUCUAAUCUUCUUUACCACAUGCGCGUCAUGAUGGAUGUAGCUCCUCUUCGACGCGAAAUCCUGGCAGAAGAUCUUCUCGCACGCGGUCCUAGACCUGAUUGGGACUACGUGCUCAUUCCUGGCCAAGAGCCUGCUGCCCUGAGCCGCGGUGAGCAGAUGCGAUUCACGGAGAAGGUUCAAGAGCUCCUCGCCUCCACGAAAUUUCAACCUUCUUCGCGCAUUCUUCUGGCGCGUGGAUGUAUUUGGCUCAUGGUGGGCUCUGGCUUGGCUGAUUCUGAGAAGCAGCUCUUCGAACGAAGCCUGCUAGAGCACAUUUUGGACCGCAAGGCCAAGUCACCCAGCUGGACCUUUGCGCGCCCACCCCAAUUCAAGCCGUUCGCGAUGGUGCCCCUUGGGUUGCUGAACCUGGUUGCCUUGGCGGGCGCAUUGCUACCGAAAAGUAGUACGUUGGAUGGUGAAGCUUGCUGGCUACACGUGGCAGAAUUCAAAAAGCUCGUCAGGACUUGGAUGGAUGCAGGCGGCUUCAGUCCUGGCAUACAGUGGCGUGGUUGGCAUGUCCAGCUUCUGCAUCGGGGGCGUCUACUGGAGGAUGUCGAGUGGCUCCAGUCCACGUCGGACCUUCGAAUCGUUGCAGCGCCUACCUUGUCAUCGCCAGAAUUCCCAGCUGUUGCAGCUGCGUUAUGUGCUCCCGAAGACUUAUUUGGGACACUGCAAGUAUUCUUUGAGAGCGAAGUCGACGGAGGGGAGUGGCUGGCAAGCUCGGUCUUCCCGGACUUUUUUGCCAAGAGACUUGCCCAGUCCAGCAAUGACGCAGGGGUCAGGCACAAGGUUUCCACAUCCUCGCCAGGUGAAGAUGCCCGUCGAUGCCUCGAACCUCGUGCCCUGCGCAAACAUGUCUGGAAGGAGCUACUACGACACGCUGGAAGCCUUCCUACCAGAGAAGAGUUAGCAGCUCCAAUGGACGCAGGGUAUGCAGAAGUUUCUCCUCAGCCUGGCAGUAGUCCUAAGGAUGAGGUCACGUCGCUUCUGGAACAGCUAUCACGCUUCCCAGCCUCAAAGAGCUGGUUCUUGAAACUUCUGGAAGUAAAAGAGCUCUCCCAGGCUGAAUCUUUCUCGGACCUUCUCGAAGUUGCACGCGGAUUAUCACAGCCUGUGGCCACGAGAGGAUCUUCAAGUGCCGAUAUCGAGGACGAGAUCGAUGAAGACUUAUCGCAAACCCUGCAGAAGUUGUUUGAUGACAUUGGCAGUGUCGGCGUUGAACAGGCGAUUAGCGGCUUCAUCGAAGAGUGGAACUAG